AUUAGCACCUUCGCCAAAGAUUUGCGUUCAGUCGGUUCCUUGUUGCAGGGGCAUCGUGUCGUCUGGAUCCUAGACACGUGAAUUACCAUUCUCUCCCAAACACAACACCGGCCACCAUGGUGAAAUUAGCUAAGGGUGCAAAGACACAGGCUAAGCCCAAGAAGGCGGCACCACCACCCCCAAAAGAUAUGGAAGACAGUGAGGAAGAGGAGGACAUGGAAGAAGAGGACAGCAGUGAUGAGGAGAUGGAACUGCCUGUAAAGAAGACACCAGCCAAAAAGGCAGCCACUCCAGCCAAAGCAACAUCUGCAAAGGCAGCCACUCCAGCUAAAGCUACAGUCACACCAGGAAAGAAGGGAGCAACUCCAGCAGGAGCCAAGAAUGGAAAGCAGGCAAAGAAACAAGAGAGUGAAGAUGAGGAAGAUGACUCUGAUGACGAAGCUGAAGACCCGACACCUAUUACAAACAAACCAGUUGCUAAGAAAGCUGUAGCAAAAAAAGAGGAAUCUGAGGAUGAUGAAGAGGAUGAUGAAGAUGAGUCUGAGGAGGAAAAGCCAGUUUCCAAGAAGCCCCUUGCCAAGAACCCUCCAGCUAAAGUUACACCUGCAAAGAAACCUACUGGGAAGAAACAGGAAUCUGAAGAUGAAGAAGAUGAGUCUGAGGAAGAAAAGCCUGUUGCCAAGAACCCUCCUGCAAAGAAACCUGCAGGCAAAAAACAAGAAUCUGAUGAUGAAGAAUCUGAAGAUGAUGAAGACGAGCCUAUGGAAGUUGCACCAGCUCUAAAGGGGAAGAAAACUGUCCCUGCCAAAGCAGAUGAGGAUGACGACGAUGAUGAUGAUGAUGAGGACGACGACGAGGAUGACGACGAUGAUGAUGAGGAGGAUGAGGAUGACGAAGAACAACAAGUGUCUGCAAAACGCAAAAAAGAAAUGCCAAAGACUAAAAAUAUUCCUGAGGCAAAAAAAGCAAAGACAGACACAUCAGAAGGAUUGUCCAUUUUUAUUGGCAACUUAAACGCCUCAAAAGAUUUUGAUGAGCUUAAAGAUGCUCUGAGGGAGUUCUUUUCCAAGAAGAACCUAACUGUGCAGGAUGUAAGGAUUGGAAACUCAAAGAAGUUUGGUUAUGUGGAUUUCUCAUCUGAAGAAGAGGUUGAGCAGGCUUUAAAGCUGAGUGGGAAAAAGAUACUUGGUUCAGAGGUGAAGAUUGAGAAGGCUAUGGCUUUUGACAAAAACAAAAAUGCUGAAAAUAAGAAGGAGAGGGACUCUAGAACUCUGUUUGUGAAGAACAUCCCCUAUAGCACAACUGCUGAGGAGUUGCAGGAGAUAUUUGAAAAUGCUAAAGAUAUUAGAAUUCCUACUGGCAAAGAUGGAGCCAAUAAAGGGAUUGCGUAUGUCGAGUUUAGCAAUGAAACUGAGGCAACCAAAGCUCUUGAAGAAAAGCAAGGAGCUGAGAUUGAAGGACGUUCUAUUUUUGUUGAUUUCACUGGCGAAAAGAGCCAGAAUUCUGGAAGCAGGAGAGUGCAAGGAGGUGAUUCAAAGGUGCUUGUUGUAAACAACCUGUCAUAUAGUGCAACAGAAGACAGUCUGCGUGAAGUCUUUGAAAAAGCAACGUCUAUAAGGAUACCGCAGAACCAGGGACGAGCUAAGGGUUUUGCCUUCAUUGAAUUCUCCUCUGUGGAAGAUGCAAAAGAGGCAAUGGAUUCUUGUAACAACACAGAAAUUGAGGGGAGGUCAAUACGGCUUGAGUUUAGCCAAGGAAGUGGACCUCAAGGUGGAAGGGGAGGUUCAGCACAAUCAAAAACCCUCUUUGUUAGAGGUCUUUCUGAAGACACCACUGAGGAAACAUUAAAGGAAGCAUUUGAUGGUUCUGUUAAUGCCAGGAUAGUGACAGACAGAGAUACUGGAGCAUCCAAGGGGUUUGGAUUUGUAGACUUCUCCACUGCUGAAGAUGCCAAAGCUGCCAAAGAAGCUAUGGAGGAUGGGGAAAUUGAUGGAAGUAAAGUGACUCUAGACUUUGCAAAACCUAAAGGAGAUUCCCAGCGUGGAGGACGUGGGGGCUUUGGCAGAGGAGGUGGCUUUAGAGGUGGACGAGGUGGCAGAGGAGGAGGAGGUGGGCGUGGAGGUUUUGGUGGCAGAGGAGGAGGACGGGGAAGAGGAGGAUUUGGAGGAAGAGGAGGUGGAGGAUUCAGAGGUGGAAACCAGGGUCAGGGAAAGAAGAUAAGGUUUGAUGACUGAGCAGUUUUUUCAUCUCCCCUUUAAACCUCAAGCCAUCUCCCUGAAAGGACUCUGGGGCAGAAAGGGAGAACUGGGUUCCCUACCCCAACAAGUCUAGCCUUGACGGAGCCUUCUGUGUGGACAUUCCAAUGUGGAAAUACAUUUUCCUGUUAUCACCUGGAUUCCAAGUCAUUUCAUGGAAGAUGGGACUGCUCGACUGUCCUUAUACAGACUUUUUUUUAAAGAGUGUGAGAAGAAACCCUGCUGGGACUUGGCAAAUUCUUAUGUUUUAUCCACUGUACAAAAGAUUGAGUUUUUUUUUCUUAUUAAUUCCUCUAGUAUUUUGCUCAAAGUGCAGAAUGUUAAUGGUUUGUGCUUCAGCAGCUUGUCUUGUUCAGAUUAAAGAACCUCAUCUGGUUACCUGUUUUUAGUA